AUGCGCUACCGCGUCUACUGCCUCAUGGGCGAUGGCGAGACGGCGGAGGGCAGCGUCUGGGAGGCGAUGUCCUUCUGCAGCAAGUACAAGCUCGACAACCUUGUCGCCGUCUUCGACGUGAAUCGCCUCGGACAGAGCCAGGAGACGGCGUUCGGACACGACAUGGAGCUCUACCGCAAGCGCGUCGAAAGCUACGGCUUCCACACGAUCGUCGUCGACGGACACGAUGUCGUCGCUCUGCAGAACGCCUUCAACGAGGCGAAGACUGUCAAGGGCAAGCCGACCGCCGUCGUCGCACACACGUACAAGGGUCGCGGAAUCCCAGACGGUUCGCCGACGUCACGAAACAGACGGGACGCCGACGUCACGAAACAGACGGUUCGCCGACGUCACGAAACAGACGGGACGCCGACGUCACGAAACAGACGGGACGCCGACGUCACGAAACAGACGGGUAGUGGCGACGGUUGA